AUGUCUCGGAAAGGAACUGAGGUUCCUUCUGUACCCCAGAUGCAGGGAACUCCACGGACUAAACAACGUCCGCCUCCGCCGCCCUUCUACCUCCCUUUGAAUAUUACGCUCUGGGUAUGUGUCGUGUCAAACGGUAUCGCAGCUUUCCUUGCUCCGAUACAAGAUUGCGAUGAGGUCUUCAAUUUUUGGGAGCCCACGCACUACCUGGAUCACGGGUAUGGGCUCCAAACAUGGGAAUACUCACCCGUGUAUUCAAUCCGAAGCUGGCUGUACAUCUCUAUCCAUGGGGUUGCGGGAAGAAUUGGCUCUUUCUUGGUUGGCAGGAAGUCGUCCGAGUUUUACUUUGUUCGGAUUUUCCUCGCCAUGAUAUGUGCAGCCUGUCAAACCAGACUGUAUUCUGCUAUUUGCCGAACGUUGAGCCCAAGAAUCGGGCUACUGUUCCUCAUGAUUGCCGCGUUUAGUCCCGGAAUGUUCCAUGCCUCAGCAGCAUUUCUUCCGUCAAGCUUUACGAUGUAUGCGUCUAUGCUAGGCCUCGCUGCCUUUUUGGACUGGAGAAAGAGCCAGAAGACGGCGCAGGGAAUCAUGUGGUUCGGUCUCGGUGCGAUCGUGGGAUGGCCUUUUGCCGGUGCUCUAUUGCUCCCCCUUCUAUUUGAAGAGGUCGUAAUAGGAUUUGUUUCAGGAGACAUGCGAAAGGUGUUUUUCGAGGUUAUGAACGGAGCUCUCAGGUGCCUAGCGAUAUUGGUCGCCGAAAUCGCUGUCGACUAUACCUUUCUUCGCAAGCUUACCGUCGUGCCGUGGAACAUUGUCGCAUAUAACGUAUUCGGGGGUGAAGGUAGAGGGCCUGAUAUCUUUGGCACAGAGCCUUGGACGUUCUACGUCAGGAAUCUGCUCUUAAACUUCAAUGUUUGGUUCCUGUUCGCGAUAUCAUCGGCUCCACUGCUACUCCUUCAGGCUGCAUUUCGUUCCCAGACGACGAACAAGGAGACCCUCUUUCGAACUGUAACCCUUCUAUCUCCUUUCUAUAUGUGGUUUGCGAUAUUCACCCUGCAGCCCCACAAGGAGGAAAGAUUCAUGUACCCGGCGUAUCCUUUUCUUGCUCUCAAUGCAGCAAUUGCCUUUCAUAUGAUACUUUCAUAUAUUGGCUCAAGCAAUCCGAAAGAGCUGAUCGGACGAGUCCCCGCGAAGUUAAAGCUCGCAGUGGUGAUGUCUAUAAUCUUGGGUGCUAUAAACGGUGGGCUUCUCAGAACUUUUGGUAUGAUCACUGCAUACAAUGCGCCGUUGAAAGUUUUGCGGCCGCUGGAGCAGCCAGAAAUAGCCCAGCCGGGUGACUUGGUUUGCUUUGGUAAAGAAUGGUAUCGCUUCCCUUCAUCUUUCUUCCUCCCAGAUGGAAUGCGAGCCAAAUUCAUUCGAAGUGAAUUUCGUGGCCUGCUUCCCGGUGAGUUCCAAGACGCCCGGGACUAUUCUGCCGUACUUGAUGGUACGUCACGGACACCAGAGGGUAUGAAUGACCGCAACGAGGAAGACGCAGGAAAAUAUACCGACAUUUCCCAGUGCUCUUUCCUGGUCGACUCACAUUUCCCCGGUCGCCAAGCCGCAGGACUUGAGCCCAACUAUAUACAGGACGAGGAGCGGUGGGAGGAAAUUUCCUGCAGAAGCUUCCUUGAUACGUCUGAGACGGGUCUCCUUGGCCGUCUUAUCUGGAUUCCUGAUCUACCGAUCAUUCCAGAUCGUUUCCGCAGAAAAUGGGGGCAAUACUGCCUGCUCCGACAGCGCACCGCGGAUCCUGAAACUGACUUCAAGCGACCCCCUGCAACUCCAUUACCUGAUUGGGAUGUCCACAAUACGAGGCCUAUCCCCUACAGGCCGUUCAGAUACGGGCCCAAAUACUUCAUCACGAUGGGCCUGCGGAGCAUGAAAUGGGACGAGUGGAUCGAACUCGAUAACCACUACCUACGGUACCACGCAGAUAAGGCCCGCCGGAUCCAAGAACGCGGGGAUAAAUGCUGCGCUACCGCACCUGAAGCAUGGGAUGCAGCAAUAGAACUUCUCGAGGAACUCACCUCAUACCUCCCUGAGCGCUACCCAACCAUGUUCCAGAAGACCCCAACAGGCCUAACAAACCUCGUCACCUCCGAAACCUUCGACAUCAAGCAACGGCCCCUCCCCGAAGACCCCAUGGCCACGUGCGCACGCCUCGUCCAAGACGACCUCGCCAUCAUGAUCGAAAAACCCGACGGCGAGUACUACCUACUCGCGGGUGCAAUCCUCCUCGCCGGAUUCUGGCGCCUCUCCGACAAAUACGGCAUGCGGCUAUCCGAGAUCCACACUUCCGGUGACGUCCCAGGGUACAGAGAGAAACUUGAAAAGGGGAUGAUGAACUUCUUCCGCCGAUUGAAGCCCGAGGACCCUGUGUUGAGGAAUAACUACUUCAUCCAGGUCGACGACUCCCUGCCCUGGUCACAUAGUAUCGGGUCCGAGGAUGCGCCGUCUGUCUCGUGGAAUACAGCGCAGAAGGAUAAGGCGAUUGAGAACCACUAUUUCCGGUCUGAGAGGCAGUCGCUCAGACGGUUGCCGAGGUCUGGUGGGGUGGUGUUUACCAUUAGGACUUAUUUUGAGCCGAUUACGGCGGUUGUGCAGGAGCCCUAUGUGCCCGGGCGCUUGGCGAGUGCAAUUCGGAGUUGGGGCGAUGAUGUGUCCAGGUAUAAGGGAAAGGAGAAGUAUGGGGAUGUGCUGCUAGAGUACCUGGAUCGGAAGCAUGAGGAGCAGGUCGCUGCAGGGUUAGAUCUGGAACAGGAGGGGGAGUAUACCAUGAUGCAAUAA